ACAGUAAGAGUAAAAAUUUAAACGGGCUAAGUUGUGAUUUUUGCAAUGGCUUCCAAAUAUGAUGAUCCAUUUGCAGAAAGUUGUAAUGAUAAUCGGGAUUUACUUAACACAUGGACAUUCGAAGAAACAUCUUUAGGACUUGCGACUGUCAUAGUGUCAUAUCUAAUUUUAGUGCUAAAGAUAUUACCUAAUUUUAUGAGAGACAGAAAACCUUAUCAAUUGAAGACACCUCUAUUAUUUUACAAUGUAUUUCAAGUGGCCUUCUCGUCUUAUGCAGUAUUUUUGUACACAAGAUACAUAAUAAGACAUGGCGUUAUUAUUACUCGAUGUCCUAAAGGUGAAGAUUUAAAAGAGGUAAUAAGCGAAAUAACACCAUACUUCAUAGCGAAGCAUAUAGACCUUCUGGACACGGUGUUCUUCGUGCUACGGAAGAAGGACAGCCAAGUGACGUUUCUCCAUGUGUUCCACCACACGCUGAUGCUGACCUGGGCCUGGUUCUACCAGAUGUACUACCCCACGGACCAUUUCGUGGUGGUGGGGCUGAUCAACAGCUUUGUUCAUGUGCUCAUGUACGCGUACUAUGGGAUUUCGUCGUUGGGACCGGAGUAUGCGAAAUACGUCUGGUGGAAGAAGCAUCUCACCAAAGUUCAACUGAUGCAAUUCAUCUUAGUUCUCUGCAACCUGCACUAUCAGCAGAAAUUGACUCCUUGUCCCAUCCCUGCCUUGUUCCACUACUUCUGCCUCUCCAGCAUUAUCUCGUUCUUUGUCCUCUUCAUGAACUUCUAUAUGCGGAGCUACGUCGCCAAAUCUAAGAAGAAAAUAGAUGACAUGAGCAUGGGAACUGAAAGGUGUAUAACAGUGAAAUAAAAAGUAAUUGAGUAAUUGUUUUAACAA